AGGACCGAACGGCUCGCGAGCUUCAAAAUAAAGCCACCAUGUCUCCUUCUCCUACUCGUUUGCUCUUACACUCUCUACUUCCUCCUCUCCGGCUCCUGAAUAGCUUUCUCGCCGUUAAACCCUGAUCGAAUCGCAUAAUUGGCGCCCGACCUAUCAAGGCUCAAAUACGCGCCCGCCCCGCCGACCGCCUCGAUGCUUCCCACCAACUCCUGCAGCUCGCCCACCAUGAGCAGCCCAGAGCUGAAGAAAGUCACCGUCAGCCUGCCCAAGAGACUCGACCGCUCCAGCGAACGAUGGCACCACUACCUCACCAUCGACCUGAUCUGGUACGUGCUCGGGUACACGCUGUUCCAUCCCUGGACGUCUUGGAUCCUCGUCUUGUGCCUGCGCGCGCAGUACACGAAAUAUCAUGCGCCGGAGAUGAAGAUUGCGAUGGCCUGGGCAAUGCUCAUGAGCGCCAUUGGCAUCUUCCACAUAUUCAGCGAGAGGCUCGCGUUUGGGAGCCCGCGGGAGGUUGAUCUGAGCGAUGAGGUUAUUGUUAUAACCGGUGGUGUGGACGGCUUGGGCGGCUUGCUAGCCGAGACGUACGGCAUGAGAAACGCCAACGUCGCGGUGUUGGACACGAAGAGGGUGGAUGAUGAAGAGGCCGAGGAGAAAGGCGUGCUCUACUACCAAUGCGACGUGAGCGACGCGAAGCAGGUAGAAGCCGUUGCGGCAGAGAUUGUGGAAGAUCUCGGUCCGCCAACGAUCCUGAUCAACAAUGCCGGCAUUGCCCACACCAAGUCAAUCCUCGACACGACGGCCGAAGAAGUUGAACAGACGUUCCGCACGAACACCCUCUCCCAUUUCACCACCCUCCGCAUUUUCCUCCCCUAUAUGCUGCGCGAAGGUCGCGGCACCAUCGUGACCGUCUCCUCCGUCCUCGGCCACCUCGGUGCCGCGAACCUCUCCGCCUAUUCCGCCUCGAAAGCUGCCCUCUUAGCUCUACACCACUCGCUCCGCGCCGAGCUCGCCCAGAACCCCGCCGCGCAGGAGAUCAAGACUAUACUCGUGACACCAGGCCAGAUGAGCACAAAGAUGUUUGUGGGCGUUACGACACCGAGCAAUUUCCUUGCUCCGGUUAUUUCGCCAGCUGAGAUUGCGAAGAGCCUUAUAAGAAUGAUCGAGAAGGGCGACAGCGGGGAGCUCGCGGUCCCGUUGUAUGCGCAGUACAUUCAGAUCCUUGGUGCAUUGCCUGUGGGCAUGCAAGCAAUCAUCCGGAGGUGGAGUGGCGUGGAUACCGCGAUAGCAAAGGCCGGCUUGGUCAAGAAGGACACGAGCGAGAAGCAGUAAGCGGAAGAUACCCCACUAUAUCAGGAGGAAGAAGAGCGGCAUGGGGAGCAUUUUUGAUAUUAGGAGCCCUGCAUAGAAGGCUCAUUGCAUUGUGCUAUAUGUACUACUACUGCAUUUGCGAUUGAAUCAAGCGCGUUCAUCC